AUGUCGUUAUUCGGUGGAAUGACAUCACAAGCUCGUAGUCGAAAUUUAGUUGAAUUCAAAGCAGGAAAAAUGAAUCUACGUGGUAGUAUGGUUCAUCCUGAUAAACGUAAAGGCCUCGUUUAUUUAUAUCAAGGCAAUGAUAUGUUGAUGCACUUCUGUUGGAAAGAACGAGCAAGUAACACAGCCGAAGAUGAUCUUGUCAUAUUUCCGGAUGAAAUCGAAUUUAAAAAAGUAACACAAAAUACAACAGGACGAGUCUAUAUACUCAAAUGGAGAAGUAAUGCUCGAAAAUUGUUCUUCUGGAUGCAAGAACCAAAAGAGGAUAAAGAUGAAGAAUGGUGUAAGAAAAUUAAUGAAAUGCUUAAUCAUCCACCAACACCAGGAUUUGGUGAUGAUAGUAAUAGUGGUAGUGGACUUGGAGGUGGAGCUCAUCCGCUACAGUCUCUUAUGGACCGUAUGACAGGAGGUAGUGGUGCAGGUGGUAUCGAUCCAAACGAUUUAUCCAAUGUUCUACGUGGCAUGAAUCCAAAUGAUUUAGCAUCCCUGUUGUCUUCUGUUGGAAGUGGUGGAGGUGCUCCCGGUCUAAUGCAAGGUAGUCACCGUGAUACAUUUGGACAACAGACGCCUGAUUCUCGUCCUAAUACUGCACCAGCUGCGACACGUAGUUCAGGUGCGGCAACAGCGACAGCAAGUGCAACAGCAGCGUCCAGCACACGUCCCAGCGGUUCAUCAUCGAAACCUCGCAAUGGUGGAACAAGCUCUUCACCGUCAACCGCUGGUGGAGCAAGUUCAGCAACAUCUGGUGGACCAAAAGGUGGUCCUAUCCAAAUGAGCGCACUCUCAAAUAUUCUAGCCAAUUUAGGUGGUACUGGUGCAGCAGGACAAAGUGCUGCCGCAUCUAAACCUGCUAUUGAUCUCUAUGAUAUUAUGACAACAGAGAAUUUAAUUCCGAUCUUGAGCAAAAAAGAAGUUCAAGAAACAUUACGAUCUCAUUUACCAGACGGAAGUACAAUUCCAGGUACAGAGAAAGAAUUGCGAGAUUCUAUUCAAUCCCCACAAUUUCGACAAGCUGUUAGCACAUUUGGUGUUGCUUUACAAACAGGACAACUAGGUCCAGUUCUAGCUCAAUUUGGUCUACCAGAAGAAGCGAUUGCCGCUGCUAAUCAAGGUGACAUACAAGCAUUCGCACAAGCAAUGGAAAAACACUACAAGAAGGAUAAUGAUGAGAAAAAACCAUCAGACAAUACAAUGGAUACAAGUUAA